AUGCUUAAUGCUUCCUCUCAACGUCUCUCACCAAUCUCUGCAUGUUUCCGUAAAGCCCGCCUCGCCUUUAUCACCCAUGACGAGCUUCUUGACGCAUUUAACGACCUUCUUCUACAGUGCUCCACAGCUCGCUUCUGCAAACAAGUUCACACCCAUAUUGUCGUCUCUGGCACGCAUUGGUCAGCGUUCUUGGCCGCUCGGCUUGUGUCGGUUUAUGCACGUUUCGGGAUUGUUACCGAUGCCCGGAAAGUAUUUGAUGCCACCCCAAUUGAGGGUCUUUCCAACUUACUUUUGUGGAAUUCAAUUCUUAGAGCUACUGUCUCGAAUGGGUAUUUUGAAGACGGUUUUAAACUUUAUGAUAAAAUGCGAAAACUUGGGGUUUGGGCUGAUCGGUUCACUUUGCCUUUGGUUAUAAGGGCAUGCGCAUCUAUGGGCAGUUUUAACUUGUGCAAGAAUGUUCAUAGUCAUGUUUUACAAAUGGGUUUCCAGAAUCAUCUUCACGCGGUGAAUGAAUUGAUAGGGAUGUAUGGGAAGAUUGGGCGAAUGGAAGAUGCCCGCCGGUUGUUUGAUAGAAUGGGUAUUAGAAGCCGUAUUUCGUGGAAUACUAUGGUUUCGGGCUAUGCCUUUAACUAUAACUGUGAUGGUGCCUCUGAGAUGUUUUGGCGGAUGGAGUUGGAAGGGUUGGAGCCAAACCCUGUGACAUGGACAUCCUUGUUGUCAAGUCAUGCUCGAUGUGGACGGAAAGAAGAAACCAUAAAGUUGUUUGGUAUUAUGAGGACGAGAGGAACAGGGGCUACCGCUGAAGUGCUUGCUGUUGUGUUAUCGGUAUGUGCUGAUUUGGUUGCAGUUGAUAGGGGUAAGGUCUUUCAUGGUUAUGUUAUAAAGGGUGGUUUUGAAGAUUACUUGUUUGUAAAGAACACCCUGAUAUGCAUGUAUGGAAAAUGUGGAGAUGUAAAGAAUGCACAGAAUUUGUUUUUGGAGAUGGAAAUGAAGAAUCUAGUGAGUUGGAAUGCUUUGAUAACCUCGUAUGCCGAAUCUGGAUUAUGUGAUGAGGCUUUUGCAAUAUUUUCCCAGCUGGAGACUUCAAAUGAUGAUUCUACAGGCAGACCUAAUGUCAUAAGUUGGAGCGCUGUUAUCAAUGGAUUUGCUUCCAAAGGACGAGGUGAGGAGUCUUUGGAACUCUUUAGGAAAAUGCAGCUUGCCAAAGUUAUGGCUAGCAGUGUGACACUUUCUGGUGUUUUAUCAGUUUGUGCAGAGUUAGCGGCACUGAAUCUUGGUAGGGAAGUACACGGUCAUGCGGUUAGGGCUCUGAUGGAUAGUAACAUCUUGGUAGGAAAUGGCUUGAUCAAUAUGUAUUCAAGGUGUGGAAGUUUCAAGGAAGCACAUUUGGUGUUCGAGAAAAUUGAUGGUAGGGAUUUGAUCUCAUGGAACUCAAUGAUUGCAGGGUAUGGGAUGCAUGGACUUGGUGAAAGUGCUUUAAAAACUUUUGAUCAGAUGAUUGAAUCUGGAUUAAAGCCAGACAGUGUCACCGUUAUUGCGCUUCUUUCUGCUUGUAGUCAUGCUGGGUUUGUUGAUGAGGGUCGUAGGCUGUUUAAUCAAAUGAUUAAAGAGUUUAGGAUUGAACCCCAGAUGGAGCAUUAUUCUUGCAUGGUUGAUCUCCUUGGGCGUGCAGGGUUUUUACAGGAAGCAAGUGACAUUGUAAAAAGCAUGCCAAUGGAACCCAAUGAUUGUGUUUGGGGCGCCCUUCUGAAUUCUUGUAGGAUGCACAAAAAUACAGAUGUCGCAGAAGAGACUGCCUCCUAUAUUUUUAAUCUGAAUUCGGACACAACUGGGAGCUACAUGCUGCUCUCAAAUAUUUAUGCUGCAAGUGGCAGGUGGGAGGAUUCUGCAAGGGUGAGGGUCUCAGCAAAGACAAAAGGUUUGAAGAAAAUCCCUGGCCAGAGUUGGAUUGAGUUAAAGAAAAAGCUUCAUGUGUUCUCAGCAGGGAACGCUGAGCAACCAGGGUUGAAGAAGGUUUAUGAGAUCCUUGAGGAAUUGGCACUUCAAAUGGAAACUGAAUGCAGUACACUUGAUAACAGCAUCCUGGACAAAAAUGUUGAUGAGGAAACGAAACUAAUGCUUGCAGCAUAAUGGGAGGCUGGCUAGCUAUUGCUUUUGGUCACAUCAUCAAAUGUUCCUACUAGGAAUAUUUCAUUCUGAAAUAGAUCGAUCUACUUUGCUUGUUUUUCCAUGGAAGGACCUUCUUCUUUGCUUAGAGAUGAGGGAUGCCAUUGUAAAACAUGCACAAUUUCGGUCGUCUUAAAUAAAA